UCAAGGUACAGAGUUUUUAACAAGUCAUUCACGCCCAAGACUGAGGGAAGCGAGAGACUGAUCAAGAAAGUGGGGACACGAGCCACUCUGAACUGCAGUAGUACGAGCUCCCAGCAAGCAGUCAAAUUUAUGUGGUGGAAGUACAGAUCAGAUGGUCAGUACGAGAGUUUGCCCGAGAGGAGAAGUCAGAUGACCUUGGAAGCUGUGGCUGUAAAAGACGUGGGCUGGUACGGAUGUGAAGUGACGAGCUCCAACACAAACAGCCAAUAUUCAUGGACGGAGCGGCAGGUUUUCUCCUUUCUACGGGCCCAGUCAGAGCUCCGUGCCACCGUGCCGGCCACCCUGGGCUGCAGCGUGGACGCCAUGGUCCCCAUGGACUCUGUCACCGUCCGCUGGGUCUUGGACGACGUCGUCAAGUGGACAAACUCAACCUCCCGGAGUCAAUCUCCAGACGGGACGUUCACCGUGACGAGCCGGCUCAGCUUCACCCCGACAGCCGAGGACGAUGGAAGGAAAUGUCGCUGUGAAGCCUCGGGAGGCGACCUGGCCUCAACGAUGGUCCAAGAAUUCAUCCUGGACGUGAAGUAUGCACCGGUGGUGGUGAACCUGUCUCAGGACGAGACGUGUGGGGGUGACCUCUGCAUCCUCUGUGAGGUGAAGGCGAAUCCUCAUGCCACCAUCACCUGGAUGACUAUGGAGAGUGAUGCGUCAGAAUUGAUCCAGACCCAGCGUGGGGAUGGAACCCUGACUCGGAGCUCCUUAGUCAUGAAGCGAUCACAGGAACAGAAUGUGACCUGUCUGGCGGCAAACAAGGUUGGCGAGACCGAGGCCGUGUUUCACAUUAAAGGCGGCGCGGGCUCUGGCUGCUGGUGCGUCCUCUCCCUCCUGGCGCCGGUGGUCGCCUGGACGGCCGUAGGGCUUUGUCUGCUGCUGCUGUGGCGAGGGGCGGGCGAGGUAACGGUGCAGCUGCCUCCAUCGUGUCUGAGUGUGGCGACUGCCGCCCCUCUCCCCAACUCCAACCUCUCUGUAACCUUCCGCUGCUACCUGUUUGUGGGUGGCGCUGGCGCCCAUGACAAGGCUCGGCCCGUCCAUGGCACGGACACGGAGGGCAUUCGCAUGGAAGUGGCAACUCCAGCCACGGACCUCCGUUCAUCACCAGAUUAG